UAAAUUCUGGGCAUGCGUAUUUCCGUAUCGCAAGGAUAAAACAGGGAUGAAAACACAUUAGAUAUGGUGUAGAAAUCAUCCCGUUUAUAAAUUACAGUUAACAAAAUAUUAGUUGCUUUGAGUCGGCAAAGAAACAACAAGCAAAGAUUAAAAAUAAAAAUGCAUUUUAAGUACACUUUGAAAUUUAUGUACAUUUUUUAUUUUAUUAUAUUGCAAAGAAAAUAUGUGUUUGGCCAUAAAGUAAAAUCGCAAAUUUACGAUGCACAUGGUAUUUACAGAUUUCAGCAAUCUUCAGGAGUUUGCCACCUUUACAAUGGUACAAUAUGCCACGAGUUUUUAAACAAUGCGUACGUUUUUAUAUCUCCAAAUCUUACCAUGGUUGAAUUAGAGGAGCGAUUAAUGGCCGCAUAUAGGGUAAUAAAGGAUUCAAAAGAUAUGAAUUCAAACUGCCGAACAUAUGCGUUACCAAGCUUAUGCUUUAGCUCCUUACCUAUUUGUAGAACGCCAGAAAGAACAAAUUUAUUGUAUUUUGCAAAGGUAGCCAUGAAAAACGACCAGUUCAAAAACACAAGUUUUGCAAUGAUUCGUCCAAGAAGAUUUACAACUAAAGACUCGAAAAAUAUCAAUAUGUUUUUGAAACGAAAAUCAACCAUAACUCAAGGAGAUAUAUUUAACUCUGAUAUAUCAAGUAAUUAUCCACCUACCAAAGAAUCAGAAAAUUUGAAACGCAUCUGUCGUGAAGAGUGUGAACUUUUAGAAAAUGAACUUUGUCAAAAGGAAUAUGCUAUAGCAAAACGACAUCCUGUUAUUGGAGUGGUUGGAGUGGAAGACUGCCAAAAGCUUCCACAGCAUAAAGAUUGCUUAUCCCUAGGAAUAACCAUAGAUGUGGACGAAAACAAAAAUUGUUUUUGGGAGGAUGGUUCAAGCUAUAGGGGAGUAACAAACAUCUCACAAAGUGGAAAACCUUGUUUAAGGUGGUCUUGGUUAAUGAAAGAAAUAUCUGACUUUCCUGAACUUAUUGGCCAAAAUUACUGCAGAAAUCCUGGAAAAGUAAAAAAUAAACCAUGGUGUUUUGUGGAAGACUCUGCGGACCGAACCAUUGAAGUCUGUAAUAUUCCAAAAUGUGCUGAUAAAGUUUGGUUUACAAUUGUCAUUGUAACUGGAACCGUUGUCGCUGCUAUCUUCAUUAUUAUUUUUCUUACAGUAGUUUUAAAGAGAAAUACUCAUGUCCGCAAUGGAAUGACAAAUAUACAAAAUAUCAAUACUCCUAGCGCUGAUAAAAAUAUAUAUGGAAAUUCACAGCUAAGUUCAAAUCAGGAUAUGGGAAGAGCGAGUUUAGGUAUUACUUUUGAUCAUACGGCUCAUUAUUCAAAAAACAUAGAAAGAAACUCGCUGUUACGAAUUCCGCAGUUCACAUUACAGGAUGUUGAAUUUUUUGAAGAAUUGGGGGAGGGAGCUUUUGGCAAGGUAUUUAAAGGACAACUAACUCAGCGAAACAAAUCCAUUGUAACUGUCGCGAUAAAAGCUUUAAAGGAGAAUGCUUCAAUCAAAACCCAGCAAGAUUUUAAGAGAGAAAUCGAGCUUAUAUCAGAUUUAAAACAUCAAAACAUUGUUUGUAUUUUGGGAGUUGUUUUGAACAAAGAACCAUAUUGUAUGCUUUUUGAAUAUAUGUCUAAUGGUGACUUACACGAAUUUUUAAUAUCAAACUCCCCUAGUGAAGGUAAAUCACUAUUACAAUUAGAAUUCCUAAAAGCAGCUGUGCAAAUCAGUGAAGGCAUGGAGUAUCUAUCAGCUCAUCAUUAUGUACAUAGGGACUUAGCCGCUCGUAAUUGUUUAGUCAAUGAUGGCUUGGUUGUAAAAAUUUCAGACUUUGGAUUAUCCCGAGAUAUUUACAGCUCUGACUAUUACAGAGUUCAAUCGAAAUCGUUGCUUCCUGUGCGUUGGAUGCCUUCGGAGUCUAUUCUUUAUGGAAAAUUUACAACUGAGAGUGAUAUAUGGUCAUUUGGAGUUGUUCUUUGGGAAAUAUAUAGCUAUGGAGUGCAGCCGUAUUGUGGUUUUAGUAAUCAAGAAGUCAUUAAUUUAAUUCGCUCGAGGCAGCUACUUCCUUGUCCAGAAGCUUGUCCAACUGCAGUAUAUUCUUUGAUGAUUGAAUGCUGGCAUGAACAAUCUGUAAAACGUCCUACAUUUGCAGACAUAUCAAUUCGACUAAGGACAUGGUUCGAGGGGCAUAUUAAAAUCGAAGACGAGAAAAAUACAUUAAAAAAAACUUAAAAUAUUAUA